AUGGCUCUCCGUGUGUUGUCCACUUCCGACGUGGAGGAGCUGGUGUCUCGCCAGACGGUAGUGGGUCAAGGUGUGUUUGGUGUGGUGAGUCUCGUGCCCUGGGAGAACGGCUUUGCCAUCUUAAAGGUGAUGAAGACCAACUGCCCUGACCAAACCUUCCAGAAAGAAAAACGUUUCUUGGAGAUCUUGCAGGGAGCUGGAGGAGCACCUCUACUCCUUGGUGUCUGUUCCUCCCCGAAGGCGAUCGUUAUCACCUUCAGAGGCCACAACACCCUGCGCUACGUCCUCCAACAUCGUCCUCUCCCCGACUGGUAUCUGGCGUAUAUCGCCUUCCUUCUCGGUUUCCGUCUGCAGGAGGUACACGCCGCCGGGGUCAUCCACAGGGACAUCCAUGUAUAUAACGUGCUGGUGACCGUCCCGCAGGACUUGAGUAUGCCCUGGGUCAGUAUCAUCGACUAUGGUCUCGCUACUAUGAACUACAGUGUCCUGGACAACAUGCCUGACGGAGCCUACCGCUGUGAGCUGACAGACUUGUGUGGUGGUCUUGGCCGCACUAGCAGCCCGUCGCCUGACAUCAGUGCUCUGGGUGAACUCCUUAACUACAUCUUCCAGAAGAUGAGCGUCAUGCCGGAGUCAGCCAAGGAGGUGGUGGAGAUGGCCCGCACUGACAGAGACACGAAGCAGGCCACCUUGGACGAGAUAGUGUCAAAACUCUACUGGAUUCUGAGUGAAGAUUUUAAAGUGAAUAUACCAUCUUCACUGACGUCUUAUGGCCAGGUUGAUAGUUUUACUCAUUGUGCCAGCGUGAUAUACUACCGAGUCACCAGAUGUGCAUGA